AUGUACAACCGAAAAAUUUCACUUGUCGCCUUGAUUUUCUUGAUUUCUUCGACUAUUGCCCUGCCGGUAUUCUUGGAUAAUCAAGAAGAAAGUGAGCUUCGCUCGAAACGCCAAAUUGGAUGGGGACAAAAUAAUGAAUGGGGACGAAACUAUGAGAUGGCAUUUGGCCUCAACAAGGACAUGAUGCGAAAGAUGCAAGCCGGUCCAUUCGGUGCGAUGAUUCGAAAUGAGUUCGAUAUGGAUGGACAAUUGAAGUUGAAUAUGCAUGGAUUGACACAACAACAAUUCCAAUUCGGAAAG